AAGCAUGCCAAGGCAAGGCCAAGGGGGUCAUCAGAUAACCUGAACGCUGACUCGGUGGAGAAACUGCGCUUUCCAAAUGAAUCAUUUUGGUCACCUUUGCUAACCACUGCAAGUGCAACCUCUCAUGUAAUUAUUUAUACUACUUUACUAGUAUAGUGGGUUGCAUCCUGGGACGAUAGGCACCGCAGCAGAUUAUUACGGGUGGAGAGAGACGCGAUAGUCCUGGCGAACAGCCGCGUCCGACAUGGUUGGUUGGGUGUUCCUAGCUCUGUGUACACUGUUUGUAUUGCUCACACCCCGGCUAUGGGCGUUCGUGCGCUUCAAAUGGAUGAUUAGAUCUGUACCGGUCCCGGAGCCAGCCCAUUUUCUUCUCGGCCAUGUCAAAGUCCUAUCCAAUCGGAGCAAGAUCCUGGAAAGACGGCGAAAAUGGCGAUCCAAAUGCCCAAGACUCUAUCGAUACGGCAUUUCAUAUUUGAUGGACAUCGUGCAGCUGUGUCAUGCAGACACGGCCGCAGAAGUUCUCCGGUCUUCUCUUCCGAAGCACGAUUACAUCUACGGUUUCUUGAAGCCAUGGCUGGGAGAAGGCCUAUUGGUAAGCAAUGGGCAGAAGUGGGCCAGAGAUCGGCGACUGCUCACUCACUGCUUCCACUUUGACAUACUGCGAGACUACGUAGAGGUGUAUACGGAUGCGUGCGGCAUCAUGCUGCAGAAAUGGUCUGAGUCGUGUGUGAAAGGAGAGAGCGUGGACGUAACUGCUUCAUGUACACUGCUAACGCUAGACGUGAUGUUGAGAUGUGCCAUGGGAUUCGAGUCCAAUUGCCAGCUAGAAGAAGAGGGAAGCGACCAGGAAGAAGCACCGAAGUAUGCAGCCACUGUUACAGAGCUAACAAACAAGCUCAUGGAUCGAAUUUUCCACAUCAUGAAGCACAAUGAUUUUCUCUAUUUCAACUCGGCCGACGGAAAAGAAUUCACUCGUUGCUUAGAGCUGGUCCACUCCGUCAGCCAGAAGCUGAUUGAAAGACGUCGGGCAGCCCUUCAGGAAGAGGACAGCCAUUCUCAAGUGCACAAGCACCAAUAUCGCGACUUUCUCGAUGUCCUUCUGACCGUAAAAGAUGAAGACGGCAAAGGCUUGACGGACACUGAAAUUCGCGAGCAAGUGGACACGUUCCUAUUCCGUGGCCAUGACACAACAGCAAGUGCACUGCAGUGGAUUAUCCAUCACCUCUCUGUUCACGCCGAUCUACAGGAAAAAUGCCGAGAGGAAGUGCAAGGCUUGCUGAGCUCGGGGCCGGCCACGCUGAAGCAUGGCGAUUUGCAGCAAAUGAUCUACACUACACAGUUCAUCAAGGAGAGCCUACGCUUCAGCUGCCCAGUUCCGGCAGUGGCUCGAGCAGCUACGGAAGACAUUACCAUGGACGGGUGUACGAUACCGAGAGGCUCCCAUAUCGAGGUUUCAAUGUACGACGUCCAUACGCACCCGGAAUACUGGCCCGAGCCGCAGCAGUUCAAUCCGGAUCGCUUCAGCGCCGAGCAGAGUGUUGGCCGUAACUCCUUCGCCUUCAUUCCGUUUUCCGCGGGUCCGAGGAACUGCAUAGGGCAAGCGAUGGCCAUGGAUGAGCUGAAAGCAGCGGUGGCCUGUAUCCUGUACAGCUAUAGAAUCGCCCCAGACCCGGCAAAUCCGACUCCCAUCUGGACAAGUAGUGUAGUUGCACGGGCAAUCCCGCGGAUAUCAGUCACUCUCCAUGCACUCUAGAGUCACGGCUAUCAAGCUCCAAGCCGAACCUAAAGUAAUCGACACAUGCAUGGUGAUAAGAACUUACGGCGCUGAGGGAGUGAGAGAGCAAAACAAUAUUUUCUUACAACAACAACAAACCUGCCAGUCGGACUCUGGACGAAGUAGUCUCAGGAGAGCGUUGCAGGAAGUAAAGUAUAGCCCUUCUUGGACAAGCGGGCAGCCUGUUCUUUCUUUUUUAUUUGUAGCUUUUAGUGCUUCACAACAGACAUACGACGACCCCGAGGACGACCACGUCUGAGAUGGAUCGACGUUGUCAAGAAAGACUUACAAUGCAUUAAUCUGUCGCUUCUGGAUGCUGUGCAAUCUGCUUCUGAUAGAGCUGCUUGGCUCGAAAUUGUUAACAGAUGCGUUGACCUCAUGCAAUGAGUGAAAUGCGAACUGUCAUUAUUAUUAUUAUUAUUAUUAUUAUUUUAGUGCUAUAAUGCGCCAAGCCGUAGGAUAUCAGCUUCACCAGCCUUGGGCCUUUGUUUGUUUGAAAUCUCUUAUUCUCACGAUGGCCAAUGGUCAAUAUUUUUGUUGUUAUUGGUGUAGUUGUUGUUGUUAUUGGUGUUGUUGUUUUUUGAAGUUGUUGUUGUUGUUAUUUGUGUUGUAGUUGUUGGUGUUGUGAUUUUUCUGGUGUUACUUCGG